GACGCGGCUUUCGGCAAGAACUGGACUCGUGGCGCCACAAGCUCAUCCACUGUGUAGGUCCCGUUUCCCUCUGUGUGACGGCCGGCGGGACCAUAAGGGCUUAACUCACAUAUUUAACCCCCCUCCAAAAAGAUUUGAAAGUAUUCUUGAAGGGCUGUUUGGAUCUGCAUUAUUAAAAGACCUCAGUUUAUUUAAAGAGUGUGAACCUGAAAGCGUUUCUGAUUGGGCUUUUGAUGAAAAUUGUCUGUUCUGUUGCUUGAGAAGAGAUAAGGGACAUUUAGUCGGUCUGGAUGAGCCAGCUUCCGGAGCUGGGCAAGAAGCUUUGCUUAAACAAGAGCACGCAAAAGUCACUCGACUCCAGAGACAAGCAGAAGAGUUCCUCAAUGCAGUCUUUUAUAGAAAAGACAGUCCCUGGGGCUCCGACCCCAAUAUUCCCUUAGUGGCCCGUGAGAUCAUGCAGCGAAUGAUCCAACAAUUUGCUGCUGAAUAUACCUCAAAAAAUAGCUCUACUCAGGACCCCAGCCAGCCCAAUAGCACAAAGAACCAAAGCCUGCCGAAAGCAUCUCCAGUCACCACCUCUCCCACGGCUGCAACUACUCAGAACCCUGUGCUCAGCAAACUGCUCAUGGCUGACCAAGACUCACCUCUGGACCUUACUGUCAGAAAGUCUCAGUCAGAACCUAGCGAACAAGACGGUGUACUUGAUUUAUCUACUAAGAAAAGUCCAUGUGCUAGCAGCACUUCCCUGAGCCAUUCUCCAGGCUGCUCCAGUACUCAAGGGAACGGAGAGGAUUCAACAGAAGCACCCGUAGUUGAUUCUAAUCAUCAGUCAAAAUCUCCACUGGAGAAGUUUAUGGUCAAGCUGUGCACUCAUCAUCAGAAGCAAUUCAUCCGCAUCCUGAGUGAUCUGUACACUGAAUCUCAGCCAGGUUCUGAGGUCCUGCAGCCUUUGGAUUCCACAGUGAUGGAUGUCUCCGCUUGCAAUUCGGGUUGUGCCCAGCUGAGUGGCAGAGAAAAUGAAAAGGAUGAUGCGUGUCUCGAAGGGGGUUCUCCUGCUUCUGUAAAGUUGUUCUUAGACUCAUCAAGUUCUCCUAGCUCCCUGAAUGUGACUGAAGAAACCAUGAAGGAACCACCUCCUGAGACAGACUGUGUAGAUGGGAGAGAGAAUGCCCUAAGCACUGUCCAGAAAGAUUCCUCUGAACCUCCAGACGCUCAACAUAACCCCACAGGCUCUACAGACAGUUCCACCUUAGGAUGCCUCAGUACAUUGGGUUCUUCCUCUUCUAACUCCCCCCAUGGUUCUAAAAGCUUAGAGGGGCAAACCACUGGCCAGGAGCAAGACACAAGCAUGCAACCCUGUGAGGAUGCUGAAGACAGUGCCCCAGUGUCAGUUCAAAGUCUGGCUGCAGUGGAGGUGGUGCCUGAGAAUACUGAAGAGGGUGGUAGCUGUAUUGUUGCUCAAAGAAACUCAUUCAAAGCUUUAUCAGAAGAGACGUGGGACUCAGGGUUUAUGGGAAACUCAUCUAGUACUGCAGACAAAGAGAAUGCUUUACAGUGUAGCUCAAAAACAUCCUUACACCAGGAUUUAGAGACAGAUGAACAAGAUGCAAGGCCAAAGCAAGAGAACCAUCUUCAUUCACUAGGUAGAAACAAAGUGGGUUUCCAGACAUACCCCAGAGACAAGGGCCAUUUUGAUCAUUCCAAAGGUGAUUGGUUAGCUCCCAGCCCCGUGCCAACUGUACACAGAGCAUCCAAUGGUCACUCACAAAGCAAGAUGAUAUCGACCUCCAUCAAGACCGCUCGGAAAAGUAAGAGGGCAUCGGGGUUGAGGAUAAACGAUUAUGACAACCAGUGUGACGUUGUUUAUAUCAGUCAACCAAUAACAGAAUGCCACUUCGAGAAUCAAAGAUCCAUGCUGUCUUCUCGGAAAACAGCCCGAAAGAGUACCCGGGGAUACUUUUUCAAUGGUGAUUGCUGUGAGCUGCCAACUGUUCGCACACUGGCCAGAAAUGUAUGUGCCCAAGAAAAAGGAAGCUGCUCACUGAUAGCAUCAGAGGCAGUGGUGACUCCGAAGCAGACUCUUACAGUUCCCACCUCAAAGGACACAGUAGGUGUGCAGCUUCCCUCAGUAGGCUUGCAGCUUCCCACAGUAGGUUCACAACUUCCUACAGCAGAUGUCCAGCUUCCCACAGUAGGUGCACAACUUCCUACAGCAGAUAUGCAGCUUCCCACAGUAGGUUCACAACUUCCUACAGCAGAUGUCCAGCUUCCCUCAGUAGGUGCACAACUUCCUACAGCAGAUGUUCAACUUCCCACAGUAGGUUCACAACUUCCUACAGCAGAUGUCCAGCUUCCCUCAGUAGAUGAACAACUUCCUAUAGUAGAUGUCCAGCUUCCCACAGUAGGUUCACAACUUUGUACAGUGGAUGUCCAGCUUCCCACAGUGGGUGCACAACUUCCUACAGUGGAUGUCCAGCUUCCCACAGUGGGUGCACAACUUCCUACAGUGGAUGUCCAGCUUCCCACAGUGGAUGUGCACCUUCCCAAAGUAGGUGAGCAACUUCUGGAGGAAGAUACCUGUGACAAUUCUAGGAAAGAAAGAACCUCCCUUGAGGAAGGGGACGAAGACACAUCAUCAGCGAAGGAGCAUCAGGAGCCAGAGGUUUGCCUCACCAUGAGUGAACAGGAUCCUGGUAGCUCCCCUAGACCAGGAGAGACCACAGCCUCUAGCCCAGCACAUCUUCUGCCUGCUCUCCUCCCUAAUGAGGAUGUAUCUGAUGUGCCAGAAGGCAGCAUUGUGGCCUCACCUCCCACAGAAAGUGAACUAUCUUUCCAUGAGCAAGACCAGCCACCAGCCUUGCAGCUAGGUCCAGAGGAAAUGCAGACACAGGAGUGCCACCUGGUUCUGACAGCUGGAAGCAUCCCCUUUACCUCCAGGGAGGACAGUAAAGACCUCCUCUGUAGACCUCAGUCUUCUCCUGAAGCAGCCAUCAGAGAGGAGAGUUCUCCAUGCUCAGAAGAUGAAAGUCUUGCUGCAGCCUUAGAUCCUCCCCUAGGUCUAGAACUGUCUGAGCAUGACCACAGCACCAGCACUGAGGCUGAGACCGGAGACGUCCCUGGGGAGACACUGUUGCUAGAUGAUUCACUGCCCCUCCUGGAGAGCAGCAUUGUUGCUAAUGAGAACCCAAGCGAGAUGGAAGGAGGUGAGGCAGCAAGUGGGAUAGGACACCUGGAGGCCCAUGACAACAAUAUGCAAUACUCAACAGAAAAUGAUCCGAGUGAGCCAAACUCUGACUCACCUGAAGAGAAUGUGGAUAAGAAGAAAAAGGCUAAAAAGCUCCCCGCGGCCUCUGACAGGUGCCUAAGAAGUCAGCUUGUAGAUUCUUCCUCUGCUGACAGGUACCCAGGAAGCCAGGGUUUGGAUUCAUCCGCUGCUUGUUCUGAAAUUAAGGUUUCUAAAAAUCCUGCUGUAAAGCAUUCUAAAAGAGAAGGGGACUCUGGUGGAGUGAUAUCCGAGGGUCCAGUGAUUGACAGCAUCCAUACAGACAAUCUGGAGGACACUGAAGACCCUGAUGUUGGUGAACAUUCCUCUGAUGAAGAGACCAAGCAGGAGGCUGAAGGAGUUGGCGUCAUUACAAGGCAGACUGUUAAAAACAUGCUGGCAAAGGAAGUUAAAAGGGAAGAGGGAGGGACUUCCCCACACAGUGGCCCAGCCACUGUUGGCCAGCCAUUGCUUGGGAACAACCUGGAAGCUCAUGUCUGGUCCAAAACAGACGAGAAAGAUGCCCAUGUUCCCUCAGAAGGCAUUCCUUGCAAGAGGGACCCAGAGCAGGUAAAAGAGAGCCCAGGACACAUUGCCACACAGGACAGGGAGGCCGUGGGGAGUGAGGUAGACACUGAGGAUACCCACCGUAAAGAUGAUGCUGGUCUUGCUCCAUGUAGCUCAGCUGGGAUAUCAUCCAGUCAGGGUAGUGAUGCUGCUGGGCCACCGAAAUGUGUUACAAGGCCUAAAAGACUGCCUUCUUCUACCUACAACCUGAGACACACUCACUGUGUGGAUGCCUUGGACACUAUGAAACCGACUUCAGAAAAGCAAGUCACACAAGUAAACCCAGCACCAAAGGAAAGCGGAGCUUCUGAGCGUGCAGAGCCCUUAGAUGAGGAAGAGUCAGACGUGGUGGAGGAGCAGCCCAAGUUCGUGGGAUGGUGUGCAGAGGAAGAGACCCAAGAGCUGAUCGCCAGCUUCAACGCCCAGUACCUGAGAGUUCAGAAGGGCUGGAUCCAGUUGGAGAAAGAAGCUCAGCCAACAGCAAGGGCAAGGAGCAAGUCUGACAAGCUGAAGGAGAUUUGGAAGAGCAAGAAGAGGUCCCGGAAGUGUAGAGGGCCACUGGAGGUACAGAAGUUCUCUCCUGUUCAGAUGCUGUUUAUGACAAACUUCAAGCUGUCUAACAUCUGUAAGUGGUUCCUAGAGACCACAGAGACUCGAUCUCUGGUCAUUGUGAAGAAACUGAAUACCCGUCUUCCAGGAGACAUCCCCCUUGUUAAACACCCUCUUCAGAAGUACCCUCCUUCCACCAUGUACCCUAGUUCACUACAGGCAGAGCGCUUGAAAAAACACUUAAAGAAAUUCCCUGGAGCCAUUCCUGCUAAGAAUAAUUGGAAGACACAAAAGCUAUGGGCUAAAUUACAAGAGAAUCCUGACCAGGUAGACCCAGAGGCUGGCAGUGACAUCAGCCUUGGCCCUAACAGUGAAGGCAGUGUGGAGGAAGUCAGGGAAAGUAGACAUAGCCAUCCUCCCACCAACUUGCCUACUCCAGCCAGCACCCGGAUCCUUAGAAAGUAUUCCAAUAUUCGAGGAAAGCUCAGAGCACAGCGCCUGGACAGCUCACUGGGUGGGGCUUCUGAAAUUAAGCAGGGCCGCAAGAGUGUGUGCAUCAACCCGCUAAUGUCCCCCAAGCUCGCCCUCCAGGUGGGUGCAGAUGGGUUUCCUGUCAACCCCAAGAGGGCUGAAAGAAGCAAGGGGAGAAGAGGGAAGCAGAUGCAGGAAACUUUGCUUAAAAUAGAAGGUCAGAACAAGCGCAAAAGAGCAGAAGGCUCCGGUACUCAAGAUGGUAAGGACAAGGGGCCGGCAACAAAAGCCAGCAGAGGCCUUUCUGCCAAGAAGCUAGCUGCAAAGGACAGAGCCAACCAACUACCCAAGAAGAUGACCUUGAAAGAAAAUAAAGUGAGAAUCUAUAGAAAGGGUCCUGGGAGGAGCUGCCCAUCAUCCAGGAAAGAAAAGGAGAAUGCGAACAGAAGACCUGGCCAUCCCACAGCAGCCUCCGAAGCUCUGACCAGGCCUUCGAAACAAAGGGGUGCAAAAGAAGCCUCUACAAAGACCCCAAAGGCCGGGAGGAGAAACCGAAAGCUGAGCAGUGGGAGGGGCCGAGCCAGACCUUUGGCAAAAAGUCCAGAGAACCGGACUGCCCCGAGAAAAAGAAAGCUCAAGACCAAACUGGACUCUUCCCUGGGCAAACGGAGGCGGUUAGAAGCCAAGUGAUGGCUGGGUAGCCACUGAGAGGAACGAGCCCAGGAAACCAACCUUUCAUUGUGCAUUAACAGAAUCUGUUUUUAUAAGCUUAUCAAGCCUUUUUCGUAGUUAUGGGGAAUGCCAGUUUGAGAUGUCAGAAAAUGCAUCUUAGCUGGAGAAGGGAACUUGUAGAGUUCUUCUCUGGGGCUAAGGAAGUUGUAUGUUAUUUUCUGGUUGUUCCUUGGGUUUUAAACUUGGA